CUCACCUGUAAGUUCUUACUCCCACCAUCAGGGUCCAGACGUGACCGAGCAGCACAACAGAAGACCUGCUGAAGAACUGAGCUUGAUACGACACCAUGGCCUCCACGCUCUCUGUGCGCAGCUACUCGGUCCGUCAGCCGUCCUUCUCCAGCGUGUCUGUGAGGGACAGCGGACGCAGCAUCCGCUCCAAACCUCAGGUCCCUGUCAGCACACUGUCCCUGUCCCGCUCUGUCUCUAUGGGAAACGGCCUCAACAUGCUGGGCACCGGCCUCUCCUUCAACGGGCUCGGUAUGGGCGCCAGUGACAAGGAGACCAUGCAGGGCCUGAACGACCGACUUGCAAAUUACCUGGACAAGGUUCGCACGCUGGAAAGAUCUAACGGCGAGCUGGAGGUGAAGAUCAAGCAGCUGAUGCUGGAGAGGGCUCCAAAAGGACAUGACAUCGAGGGCCUGAUGGCUCAGGCACAUGCCAUCGGACAGGAGGUGAGAAAGAGGACGCUGGAGAACGCGCGCAUCAUGCUGGAGAUUGAUAAUGCUAAGCUGGCUGCUGACGACUUCAGGGUCAAAUGGGAGGCAGAGGCCAGCUUGUGCCAGUCGGUGGAAAGGGACUGUCAGGCUCUGAGGAGAGCUAAGUCUGAUCACGACCAGAUCAUCAGCACCCUGCGUGGAGACCUGGACAGCCUGAAGGAGGAGCUCUACUUCCUCAAGAAGAAUCACGCCGAGGAAAUGAAUGCACUAAAGGCACGUCUGGCCACUGAGCAGGUGAGUGUAGAGGUGGAUGCGGCUCAGGGUCCAGAUCUAGGGGCCACCAUGGCUGAAUUGAGGGUCCAGUACGAGGGAAUCGCUCGCAAGAACAAGGAGGAUGCCGAGGCCUGGUACCUUAAGAAGUUAGAGGCAGUGCAGUCGGAGGUGAAAGAAAGCAACGAGGCUCUGCGAUGUGCCCAAAGUGAGCUCAGUGAGAGGCGUCGUUUCCUGCAGGCUCUCGAGGUUGAACUGGACAGCCUUAGGAAACAGGUGAACGUGUUGGAAGGAAACCUUGGAGAAACAGGCCACAAGUAUUCGGUGGAGAUGGAUCGCCUUCAGGCCACACUGACUCAGCUGGAGGACGAGCUGUCUCAGCUGCGUUUGGACAUGCAACGCAACAAGACUGACUACGAACAGCUGCUGCGCAUCAAACAGAACCUGGAGAUGGAGAUCGCCACGUACAGGAGGCUGCUGGAGGGAGAGGAAAUGGUGAAAGAAACUCCUCCUCCUCCUAAAAAAGACCCUGAGGUAAGGACCAGAAAGAUUGUAAAAGUGGUUACCCAAACUAUGAUCAAUGGAAAGGUGGUGGAUGAGUCCAGUGAGGUGGAGCAGAUUGAGGAGCGCAAAAAAUGAGCCAAAGUGUGUUUGGAGAAGAAGUGAUGUGUCUAAAACCCAAAGUGCCUGCUGUGCUUCAGAUUAAAUCUCACCACGGCCUUCUUGUAAAACGUUAUCCUUCUCUUUGUAUUGUGUUUUAUUGCCUUAAACAUGACAAAAAUACACUAAUAAUAGAGUUUAACAGAUACAUUAGUUUGUCUUUUUUAGCAACAUGAUAGCUCUCUGUAUAUAUGUUUGUUAUCAGAUCACUAUUCUCUCAAGUGUUUGAAUAGCCUGUUUAAUAAUACAAGUCCAAAGAAGCAUCUGUAGAUCUGCUGGAAUUUGAUUUAAAGCUUAAAUCAUGGGCCAAUUAGGACAUCAUCUUUUUUUCUGGGGCUUAUUAUCGCUCAUCAGAUUAAUUGUGUUCAGUCAAAGAACUUUUUUAAGGUCAUCAAGGAGAUUUCACAGGCAAUGAGAAUACACAGACGAGUAGAUAGACACCACACUCAUCUUCAUGGUAAAAAUGGUAUACGCUAAUAGCCAGUUAGCUUAGCUUAGCAUAAAGUCUGGAAAGAAAGGUAAAACAACAAUUCUGGCAGUGACCAAAAUCAACUAAAUCUAUAAACCGAUACCUCUAAUGCUAAUUUAUGAACAAUUCAUAUUUGGAUUAUUUAAAUACAAAAAGGCAUAUUGUAUAUAGUUCUUUGUAUUUAAUAUAAAGCUACAGCCAGCCAUCUAUUAGCUUAUCUCAACACUGAUAUGAAGGUAUUAGAGUAUUUCAUUCAAUAAUUAUGAAAAAGAUGUUAGGUACAUUUUUUUUUGCAGUUAGGGGACAAUUGCUUUAUUAGAAAAUGGGGCAUUAUUGCAGUAGUAUCUACUAUUUUUGCAGGAUAGUUUCCUUGUUAAAUAGUAAUACAAGUAAUUCAAUGUCAAUUUGUUGAAGAAGUAAUCAAAUCAACCAAAGCAGAU